AUGCGAAUGACCCUCGUUGCGCGCCAACCAACCAGGUAGACCACUUUCACCCCAUUUUUCGAAGAAAUUUCCAUUCAAAAAUUUUGUUUUUCAUUUUAUGGUUGAUUUUAUUCAGAUCUCCAUUUUUUUUCUUUAUAUAUUUUUAAUAAAUAAAAAUAAAAUUUGGUCUCUAUGACAACCGGGUCAAAUUUUAUUCAAAUUUUUUUUCAGAAUAACCAUGACAAGUGUGAUUUUCAAUUAUGGAACUGUGGUUUUAAGUAUUAUUGCAUUUUUAUUAACUGCAAUCGCAUUGUGCACACCCUCUUGGCAGGUGAGAUAUUUUGAAAUUGAAAAUUUUUGAAAAGAAUCAAGUGAGAAAAUAUCAAGGUUAGUCUUUGUAAGGUAAUAAACGACUUUUUCUUUUAAUUGAGAGAAUCGAUUGGAAUUUUGGAUUUGGGAUUGUAAGAGGAAAACGUUUGAUAUAGAUUUUUGAACAAAAAUUUAAAAAAUUAGAAAAAAUUAGAAGGUCAAAAUUUGAUACAAAAUUCUUGAAAUAUUUUCAAGGAGAGUUUUCUAUUCCAAAAAAAUUCGAUGAAAAUUAUUCCACCAAAAUUCAUUUCCAAUUCACAUACAUUUUCUACAGGUUGUUUACGCUCGCGAAAUUCGACAAUGGGUUCAAAGCGGAUUAUGGUUAUCGUGUCAAACCAGGUUUGCUUAUUCUAAUUUUAAUUCUAAUUCAAAAAUCUGUUUUUCUAACAUUAAUUUUUUUCAGACCAAAUGGAAUGUACAGUUGUACAUAUUCCUUCUCCCACGAUGAUUUCAACACCUAUUUCAGUGAUGAAGUUUCCGGUUUUCGAACACCGGCAUUUUAUCGUAAGAAAAAUGUUUCCACUUGAAUACCCCCCACGAAGAUAAUAGUAGUACAUAUAUGAAUAUUUAUAGCCUGGCAACGGACACUAUUUCAUAUUUAUCUGAUCUCGCAAGGUUUUGCCCUCUUUUCUCUUAUCUGCUUUUGCGUAUCUGUAUCACAGCGUGACUCAAAAUUGCCGAGUAUUUUACGAGUCGUCUUUUUGAUAUUGGCCGGUAAGUUGGGUGUUUUUUUUGGAACAUCAUCAAAAAUUAUUAUUUUUUUGUAGCAUUAAUUGCGAUCGGAUGUUUGGUCACGUUUGCCGUUUUUUCAUACAUGGUCGAAUAUCGAUUUUUCCAUGUUUCAGUUAGUGGCAUCUAUGAGGUGAGGAAUUUUUUUAUAUGAAGAAACCAGUUUUUGAAAUGAAACAAUUCUGAAAGUUUCGGAAAUUGAAUUUGAAGAGGAAAAUUUUGACGCAGAAAAAAUAAUUAAUUUUUUUUCAAAUCUUGUAUAAAAAUCGAUUAAUUUCAAUUCUACAGUUCGUCUCCUGGUUAAAAAACCAUUGACAAAUUUGAAAAAAAAAUUGGAAACGCAGCUACAAAUUAUUGGACUUUCAAGCCAUUUUACACGAUGUUUCACUGUUUUUUUCGAGUACUAAAUUUUGAGAAGCUUCAAAAAAAAAUCCUUCAAGUAUUGAACUACUUAGAACAGGAUAUGAAAUGAGCACAGCUUAUUUUUUGCUCACACUCCAAAAUUUUUGAUUUUUGAAAAACUAAAUUAUUAAAAAUUGAUUGUCUAAAGCAUUUUUCAAUUAGAAAAAUCUCUAAAACUUCAAAUUUUUUUCCAGAAACAUCGAGGUUACUCAUAUUAUAUCGCCCUUGUAGCUGUUCUCUUCUACGUCGCUGCUAUAAUUCUUGGAACUCUUCAAUGUCUCCUUUCAGCCAGAGGAAAUUCAACAAUCUCUAGACAAAAUAUCAAUUCAUCACUUGUAAGUCUGAAAUUUCCCUACUCUAAAAAAGUUGCACUAACUUUUUUAGCAAAGCGAUUUCUUCGAAUAUCAAUAUCAUCCAAAUCGCCAAACAGAAGAAUCAUACGAGGAUCGUUUUGCCAUGCGAACUUUGCCACCGGUACCCAAAAAACAAACCAUGUUCUAA